UUUCAGUAAAAAAAAUUGAAAUUAAAACAUUUAUACUUUGAAAUGCGCAAUCCACUGGCAGCACAGAUAGAGCACAGGCCUCAGAGGAUCCAUUUGGAGAAAGAGGAAAGGAAGAAAAUGAAGUGCCCUUACUGUGCGGCGGCUCAAGGGCGUAGCGCCACCACCAGCUCUGCCCGCUUCAUAUCAGAGUGCACAUCUUGCGGCCGAGUUGUUGAAGAGCGACAAUCCCAUCCUCACCAUCUCUUCCACCUCCGCGCACAAGACAAUCCUCUCUGUCUUGUCACUCCGGACCUCCCCUCCAUCCAAUCCUUCCAUCAGAGCCAGGACGAUGAUGACCCCUUCGAGCCCACAGGCUUCAUCACUGCAUUUUCCACUUGGUCCCUCGAGCCCAGCCCUCUCUACCUCCAGUCCUGUCUCUCAUUCUCUGGUCACCUCGCCGAGCUUGAGAGGGUUCUCGAGUCGUCCUCGUCUUCAUCCUCGUCCUCGACACCAUCGUCUUCAACUUCGUCGACGGUUGUGGUUGACAAUUUGAGGGCGUACAUGCAGAUUAUUGAUGUCGCGUCGAUACUUGGGUUGGACUACGAUAUCUCGGACCAUGCGUUUCAAUUAUUCAGGGAUUGUUGUUCGGCUACUUGUUUGAGAAAUCGGAGUGUCGAAGCGCUUGCCACUGCUGCUCUUGUUCAGGCAAUUAGAGAGGCUCAAGAACCUCGAACCCUUCAGGAAAUUUCAAUUGCAGCCAAUGUGCCACAAAAGGAAAUUGGGAAAUACAUCAAGAUAUUAGGGGAGGCUUUGCAGCUCAGUCAACCUAUUAAUAGCAAUUCUAUCUCAGUCCAUAUGCCUAGAUUUUGUACCCUUCUACAGCUUAAUAAAUCUGCUCAGGAACUGGCUACUCACAUAGGAGAGGUUGUGAUCAACAAAUGCUUCUGCACACGCAGGAAUCCUAUUAGCAUUUCAGCCGCUGCUAUAUACCUGGCCUGCCAACUUGAAGACAAGCGUAAAACCCAGGCAGAAAUCUGCAAGGUGACCGGUCUUACUGAAGUCACUCUUCGUAAAGUGUACAAGGAACUUCUAGAGAAUUGGGAUGAUUUGCUUCCCUCUAAUUAUACACCAGCUGUUCCUCCCGAGAGGGCAUUUCCUACUACUGUAAUUGCUUCAGGUCGUUCAUCAGCAACUAAGGUUGAUGCAAUAGAUGUUAAUUCUGCUUUGGACAGAGACAAGCUAAUAGAAAUCAAACCUAGCAAAUCGAAUGACGUUCCAGUCAUGGUACAUCAGCUCAGGGGGAAAGAUGAUGUUGAAAGUAAGAGCAAUGCUUGCGUGACCCACUCGACACUGAAUCAGCAGUCAGCUUCGUGGCAAUCCCAGCUUCCUAUUGGGGCGUGUAAUCAUAAAAUUACAGGAGAAAAAGGUCGAAAUGUUUUGCAAGGAAUGGACAUUGAGGGACAGCAGCAUAACCACCUACAGCCUGAACAGAAGUCUGAAGACACAAAUGGUAUUAAUAUUAAUCCUUUUCAAAAUCCCAACCAUCUUAGCAGUCCUUCUGCGUCGUCUGCUGGCCCUGUUAUGAAGCCCUAUUCGGCUUUGCCUUCAUCUGCGCCUCCAAAUGUUUGAUCAAUGCAGAUGCCUUGUCAUACUGCGCACAAAGGAACUGGGAUAUGCAGAUGCCUUGUCAAGAUGGAAUGGCUAUUGUUCUUCCGGUGUAUAGUAUGUUGUAUAAACCCUUCAAUUUAUUUCUGGGCUGUCACCUGUUUGAUUAAAAUCGAUAUCUCUAUAUCCUUAUCUAUAUAUAAUUGUAGAAGUUGUAGGAAGUCACGUUGUCGGUGCAGAUCCUUCUUGAGUAUGGAAUUGACUCUAAUCUCAUUUUGCAUAGGUACUUUUUCUAAA